AUGUCGUCCCCGGCGUCCACUCCGAGCCGCCGCGGCUCCCGGCGGGCCGCCCCCGCUCAGCCACGUGAGUUUCGGCCCCAGUGCCGCCCGCGCCGACGCCGCCGUGCCCGUUCCCCCACAGGUCAGGACCCGCUGUCGUCGGGAGAGCCUCGGCCGCUGCCCGCGUCGCCCGGCGCAGAGCCCCGCACGGACGCCUCGCAGGGGUCCUCGCCGCGCUCACCCCCAUGGACGCGGUCCCUAGCCGUCCCCUUGGAUCUGGACGUGAGCUCGCCGCUGACCUACGGCACCCCCAGCUCACGGGUGGAGGGCACCCCGAGGAGCGGCGUGCGCGGCACGCCUGUGCGGCAGAGGCCCGACCUGGGCUCGGCGCGAAAAGGGCUGCAGGUGGACCUGCACUCGGACGGGCCGGCCGCAGAGGAUAUAGUGGCGAGCGAGCAGUCUUUGGGCCAAAAACUUGUGAUUUGGGGAACAGAUGUAAAUGUGGCAACGUGCAAAGAAAACUUUCAGAGAUUUCUUCAGCGUUUCAUCGAUCCUCUGGCUAGAGAAGAAGAAAGCAUUGGCAUAGACGUUACUGAGCCUCUGUACAUGCAGCGACUUGGGGAGAUUAACGUUAUUGGAGAGCCGUUUUUAAACGUAAACUGUGAACAUAUAAGGUCAUUCGACACAAAUCUAUACAGACAGCUCAUCUGCUACCCACAGGAAGUUAUCCCAACUUUCGACAUGGCUGUCAAUGAGAUCUUCUUUGACCGCUAUCCUGACUCAAUCUUAGAACAUCAGAUUCAAGUAAGACCGUUCAACGCAUUGAAGACUAAGAAUAUGAGGAACCUGAAUCCAGAAGACAUCGACCAGCUCAUCGCCAUCAGCGGCAUGGUGAUCAGGACGUCCCAGCUGAUUCCAGAGAUGCAGGAGGCCUUCUUCCAGUGCCAGGUGUGCGCCCACACGGUCCGGGUGGAGAUAGACCGCGGUCGCAUCGCCGAGCCCUGCGUGUGCGAGCGCUGCCACACCAGCCACAGCAUGGCACUCAUCCACAACCGCUCCGUCUUCUCCGACAAGCAAAUGAUCAAGCUCCAGGAGUCCCCUGAAGACAUGCCCGCUGGGCAGACACCACACACGGUCGUCCUUGCCGCUCACAAUGACCUCGUGGACAAGGUCCAGCCUGGGGACAGAGUGCACGUCACAGGCAUCUACCGAGCGGUCCCCAUUCGCGUCAAUCCCAGAGUGAGCAACGUAAAGUCUGUCUACAAAACCCACAUCGACGUCAUUCACUAUCGGAAAACCGACUCGAAGCGUCUGCACGGCCUCGACGAAGAAGCAGAGCAGAAACUUUUUUCAGAGAAGCGUGUGGAAUUGCUUAAGGAGCUUUCCAGAAAACCAGACAUUUACGAGAGACUCGCUUCUGCCUUGGCUCCGAGCAUUUAUGAACAUGAAGAUAUAAAGAAGGGAAUCCUGCUUCAGCUCUUUGGCGGGACGAGAAAGGAUUUCAGCCACACAGGAAGGGGCAAGUUCCGCGCCGAGAUCAACAUCCUGCUUUGCGGGGACCCAGGGACCAGCAAGUCCCAGCUGCUGCAGUACGUGUACAACCUGGUCCCCCGGGGCCAGUACACGUCCGGGAAGGGCUCCAGCGCCGUGGGCCUCACCGCCUACGUCAUGAAGGACCCUGAGACACGGCAGCUCGUGCUGCAGACCGGCGCCCUGGUGCUGAGUGACAAUGGCAUCUGCUGCAUCGAUGAGUUCGACAAGAUGAACGAGAGCACACGCUCUGUGCUGCACGAGGUCAUGGAGCAGCAGACGCUCUCCAUCGCCAAGGCUGGGAUUAUUUGUCAGCUUAACGCCCGCACCUCCAUCCUGGCAGCCGCAAACCCUAUCGAGUCUCAGUGGAAUCCGAAAAAAACCACCAUUGAGAAUAUCCAGCUGCCCCACACACUGUUGUCAAGGUUUGACUUGAUCUUCCUCAUGCUGGACCCUCAGGACGAAGCGUACGACCGGCGUCUGGCUCACCACCUGGUGUCCCUGUACUUCCGGAGCGAGGAGCAGGCACAGGAGGAGGUCAUGGACAUGGCGGUGCUCAGGGACUACAUCGCCUACGCGCGCAGCACCGUCCUGCCGCGGCUGAGCCAGGACGCCAGCCAGGCCCUCAUCGAGGCUUACGUGGACAUGAGGAAGGUGGGCAGUAGCCGAGGGAUGGUGUCCGCGUACCCCCGACAGCUGGAGUCGCUGACCCGCUUGGCCGAAGCCCACGCCAAGGUGCGGUUUUCCAGCAAGGUGGAGGCGAUUGACGUCGAGGAGGCCAAGCGCCUGCACCGGGAGGCCCUGAAGCAGUCGGCAACCGACCCACGGACGGGCAUCGUGGACAUCUCCAUCCUCACCACAGGAAUGAGUGCCACCUCACGUAAACGGAAGGAAGAGUUAGCUGAAGCUUUGAAAAAGCUUAUUUUAUCCAAGGGCAGAACGCCAGCCCUGAAAUACCAGCAACUUUUUGAAGAUAUUCGGGGACAGUCUGAUAUAGCAGUUACCAAGGAUAUGUUUGAAGAAGCGCUGCGUGCCUUGGCGGAUGAUGACUUCUUGACGGUAACUGGGAAGACGGUGCGCCUGCUCUGA